GUCAAAAAGUGGAGAAGAUGGAGCAAGGGUGGCGUUCUGUUGUGAAAGUUCGUCAACAACAUGUUUCUCAACUUCGUACUGUCUUUCAUUUGGAGCAGAUCAGCGUUAUGACCAAUCUUGCUAUCGUUGAUCGUGUUGAGAGAAUCAUAUACGACGUUGAUCAAGGUUUUUCUUUCUGUUUCAAUAUAACAUCUUGUGCUUGGCAUUUUGCGAGACUUAUAGGGGAAAUAGUUCCUGUCAAGUCUGCUUGGGCUAUGAUUAUUCCUAGAACUGAAAGAUACCUUUUUUCUGUUGAAAUCGUCCCCAUUUGCUGCGGGGAUUUGAUCUUUCUGCCUCCUAACGUUGUUGCUUCUUUGGGUCCAAAUAUUGUCAUAUGCACUAGGGUUGCCAAAACAUUUACUUUGCUUGAUCCAUUUACCUUGACCCACUGUUUCUUAGAUGCUCAUCAGUACUGGAAAGCACCAUUCACACAUUCAUUCAAUAGGACUCAGUUAGUCGAAUAUGUUGUUCUCGAUAUUGUCCUCCUCCAGGACAACCAACAGGACAACCAAGAUGAAGAAGAAGAGGUGGUGGAGGAGAACAAGGAGAAGAAGGAUGCUGCUGCUGCUGCUGCCGCCAAAAAAUAUCGUUUAGCUGAUGCUGUGGUUGCUCGUGUGAAAGAUACUGGAAAUAAUGACACAACUUUUCAAAUCAGGACUCAUCUCGGUCGUAUCUUAAAACCCGGUGACCAUGCUCUUGGUUAUGACCUGUCUGGAGGAGUAGGAGAAGGAGGAGCUGACACCAACACCAAUAACAACCUUCCUGCUGCCAUUUUGAUCAGCAAGAUUAGUUAUGCCGAAGUGAAUGGUAGAGUUGUUGCUGUCAAGGAUAAGUGGGAAUCUGAUUAUCAACUCUUCUUCAAUGAUCUACAACAAGACCCUCAACUACUCUUCAAGAUAACAGCACCCUACCGAAAUCCAAACAACCACUACACAUAUGACGGGCCCUUCGUAGACCCCCCUAUCAGACCUUUUGAUCCAUUGGAGGACUUGCUUGACGGAUGAUCUAGCUAGUUACUAGCUUAAACAAAAAUCACCUUUGUUGAUGUUUUGUUUGUUCCAAUAAUAACAACAACAAUCAAGGAAGAUGCUUUUCAUUUAUUAGGUUCUUUCUAUU